AUGAAUAGACUUGUACAAUCAUUCGUUAAACCAACGUUAUUUCAAUUUCAAAAUGCGACACUGAUUGCUCGUCAAAGUAUAGCGUUUGCUUCAACGACAAAUGAUGACAAAACAAACAAAUUGUUUGAAUUAAUCAAAGAUAUUCGCUACGCUAUGAUCACAACUGUGGAAUCAGAUAACAGUCUACGUUCACGACCAAUGGCUAGCCGACAAGCUGAUAAAUGGGACGGAGCAUUAUGGUUUUUUACCAAGAAAUCUUCUCCGAAAGUCGAAGAAGCUAAACAGAACUAUGACAAAGUCAAUGUGUCAUACUCCGAUCCCAACAAAAUGUCGUUUGUUUCGGUAAGCGGUGAAGCCGAAUUCAUUGACGACAAAACUAAAAUGAAAGAAUUGUGGUCGGCUUACCUCAAAGUAUUCUUCCCACAAGGACUGGAGGAUCCAGAUCUAACAUUAAUGAAAGUCACAGCGAAAUAUGGUGAAUAUUGGGAUUCACCAAGUAAUAAAAUGGUUCAGUUGUAUGCAUUGGCGAAAGCAGCAGCAACGAAAAAUCCUAAGGCACUCGGUGAAAAUAAAAAAGUUGAUAUACAAUAA